UCUGUGUUCGUUAGGGGAGCAUGUGGGGUCGCUCUGUGACUGUGACAUGAUUUUCCGACGACUCAAGAGUUUUCCUCUUGUCUCCUGUGUGUUAAGAUUGCAACAUGAAAGCCUCUCCGUGCACGAUAAUGACCUUUUUCAUUGGUAUAGCAGAAAUAUGUUACACACCAGCUCCGAUAGGCGAGUGCAUCAACUGUUGUCAAAGAGAUGACGGAAUUGAUAUCCAGUACAAGCUAUUCAAUAGAGCGCAUCCCACGACGUUCCAUACAGUCCCAUCAAAUAACCUGACAGAAUUGUCGAGAACUGAUUUCGACAUCUCGAAGCCAACCGUCAUCUAUGUAAUGGGCUUCUCGGAGGCUAUCACAGGACCAAGCACUAUAACAAUGAGAGAUGAAUAUCUAGCCACCAGUGAUUGUAACUUUAUAUCUGUGGACUGGUCACGUCUUAUGCCAUUCCCUUGGUAUGUUACAGCAGUUAAGAACACUCGGUACAUGGGAGUGAAAUUAGCCGACUUUAUACAGUACUUGGACUCUGUGGGCGCGAGGGCAUCAUCAUUACACGUUGUCGGAUUUUCUUUAGGCGCUGAAGCUGCGGGAUUCGCGGGAAAGAUGCUGAAAUCCAGAGGUCUACAAAUAGGCAGGAUAACUGGUUUGGAUCCUGCCUACCCAGGUUAUACGUUCACGAACACAGAUGGCCACCUGUCCAAGGGUGACGCCGCCUUUGUUGACGUCAUUCACACGAAUCCCGGGAUCUUUGGCUUCCUGACUCCUAUUGGUGAUGUUGACUUUUAUCCCAAUUAUGGGUCUUGGAUCCAGCCGGGAUGCUGGGUUGAUCAGCUCGUUAAGAAUAUGGAGGUGAAAUAUAUAUAUGGUUGCAGCCAUAUUCGAGCGUGGCGGUAUUACGCGGAGUCCCUCAGGAACCCAACUGGAUUCCCCGCUACGCUGUGCAAGACAUGGCGGAACCCCACGAGUAACUGCGGCUUCAGUGUUGACGGAUAUAUGGGAAUAGGAGCUCAACCACCGAUCAAAGGGAUAAUGUACUUGGAGACGAAUCAGUAUUCACCGUUUGCGAGGAAUGGACCAUAAAUAAUUAAGAUUGUUGUUGUUGAAUAGUUUUUACUGUUUUAAAUAUAUUUCCGUCUGCUAUAUCUCU